AUGGAGAUCAUGGACACGCGUGAAGAGAUUGAGGAGGCCACAACCGACGCGCAGAUUGCUGCCAUAAAGGCCCGCAACGACGCCAACAUUGCAGCCGUCACCGCUGGCCUGGCGAGCGCAUUCGGCUCGGACGCCCUGACCCGCGCCAGGCAGCUCACCAACCGCCUGCAGUACCUGCGGCGCGUGGCCCAGGCCGUCCACGUCUGGGAGCCAGGCAAGCCGGUCGUCAUCUCGCACUAG